GGAGUGAUCCCCGGGAGGGGGGGGGGCGGAGCGGGAAGGCUCGCGCUCGAUGUCGGCUCCAGCUCGAGACGGCGGCGGCGCUCGGACCAAAGACAUAAAGUCACACUGAAGCGACACCGGUAGCCUUCUUCAGGACGGACUUAUCUGGCUUUAGACCAUUUUGCAGUGGAAUAUCGGAAUCUGUCUAAUCUGGGUUUGGAACCAUGAGCUCGGUUGCUGUGCUUACACCGGAGAGCUUUGCUGAGCAUCGCAGUGGCUUAGGAGACCAGGAGACCAGAGGUGGAGUACCUGAGGAUGAAGCUUACAUCCCCACUUACCUGGAGGCUUUCCCCCCUCUCCCUGAGAAGGGAACACCGGGGGACAAGUCUGGUGAACCCAUUGGAGCGUGGAGCAAAAUCCGACCAAUCAAAUCCUCAGUAAUCACCCAGGUGUUUCAUGUCCCUCUGGAGGAGCGCAGGUACAAGGACAACAGUCAGUUUGGCGAAGGUGAGGAGGCGAAGGUGUGCUUGGACAUCAUGCAGAAGACGGGAGCCCAUAUUGAGCUCUCUCUGGCCAAAGAUCAAGGCCUCUCCAUCAUGGUGACCGGCAAACUCGACUCUGUCAUGAAAGCAAGGAAGGAAAUCGUGGCUCGACUUCAGACCCAGGCUUCAGCUACUGUCACCAUCCCAAAAGAACACCAUCGGUUUGUCAUCGGCAAGAAUGGAGAGAAACUGCAGGAACUAGAAUUGAAGACGGCGACCAAAAUCAACAUCCCCCGCCCCGAUGACCCCAGCAACCAGAUUAAAAUUACAGGGACGAAGGAAGGCAUUGAGAAAUCUCGGCACGAGAUUCUGCUCAUCUCUGCAGAGCAGGACAAGCGGGCAGUGGAGAGGAUAAACCUGGAGAAGGUCUUCCAUCCGUUCAUUGCUGGGGCUUACAACAAAGUGGUCCAGGAAAUCAUGCAGGAGACCGGAGCUCGUAUCAACAUCCCGCCUCCCAGCAUCAACAAGGAUGAGAUCUUCAUCACUGGUGAGAAAGAGCCCGUGGCACAGGCAGGCACCCGAAUCAGGAAGAUCUAUGAAGAGAAGGAGAAGAUGGUGCUUAACAGGGGCAAGCAAGAGCACACGGGAGGAGGACAGUCACACCUUCACGUUUUAGCCGCUGUUGAUGAGACAGUUACAGAAAAGGGUAUUGCUGAGGCCUGUGACGACGCUGGAGAGAUCAAGGAUGAAGUUUCCCAGGAGCUGGAGCCAGAGGAGGAAGAUGCAGACGGCAAGAGAAGCAAAGAGACAUCGUUACCCAGUCCCUCUGUCACCGGCUCAAAGACUGACACAGCGCCCCUUUCGGAGGCUUUGCUCCAAGUAGCAUCUGAGUGUGGUGAGGUGCUGGCCACAAGUGGGCAAAAGGCAGGGCAGGAGGAGAGGGCAUUGUCGCACAGUAGCCCCGCCGCUGAGCAGUCGGACGAGGACUUUGAUGACCCAGGUUACAGGAGAAGGCUGAUGGACGCGCACAAUCAAAUGGCUGCUGCCCUGGAGAGCCUGCCCAACAGUCUGCGCCGAAUGGCCAGGAGCAUGGAGGACACCAGCUCCAACUUGGCCGAGAGUUUUACCCAGAGCCUGGAGAGAGUGGUCACCUCCGUGAGCACGCCCGCGGACCCCACUGUGUCGGAGCGUCUGAUGGCCGAUGUCACGGCUUCCAUCGCGGCCCAGGCGGCUUCCGUCAGAGGCCUGAGCGACGCGGUGGCUGCUCAGACCGCCGCCCUCCAAGCUCAGACGGCCGCCAUCGUGGCUCUGGACGCAACUGUUCGCAGGGGCUUCCAGGGUGUCACGGCAACCCAACAGUCUGUCGUCCAGCAGAUCAGGAGGAUUGCUGAGGCACCUCCAUGGAAACGGAAAACCACAACGAUAUCGGUCGAGGUGAAAAAAUCUCAGCAUAAGUACAUCAUAGGCCCGAAAGGUAACACCCUGCAGGAAAUACUGGACAUGACCGGGGUAUCCGUGGAAAUGCCGUCACUGGAGAGUAGUUCUGAGACCAUCAUUCUCCGGGGAGAGCCUGACAAACUUGGCCCAGCUCUGACUCAGGUCUACGCCAAGGCCAAGAGUGUGAUGGUGGCUGAAGUAACCGCGCCGGCCUGGUUACAUCGCUUUAUUAUUGGCAAGAAGGGACAAAACAUUGGCCGUAUAACCCAGCAACUGCCCAAGGUUCACAUUGAGUUCACUGAUGGUGAUGAGAAGAUCACAUUGGAGGGUCCAACAGAGGAAGUGGAGAUUGCUCAAACUCAGAUCCAAGACAUCAUCAAUGAUCUGCUGACGCGCAUGGACUACACAGAGAUCACGGUCGAGCAGAAAUACCACCGUCAUCUAAUAGGAAAGAAUGGAGCGAAUAUUAAUCGGAUCAAGGAACAGUACAAAGUGUCAGUGCGCAUCCCGCCAGAUAAUGAGAAGAGCAAUCUGAUUCGGAUCGAAGGAGAGCCGCAGGGGGUGCAACUGGCCAAGAAGGAGCUACUGGAGAUGGCGGUCAGGAUGGAGAACGAACGGACCAAGGACUUGAUCAUUGAGCAGCGUUUACACCGAUCCAUCAUCGGCCAGAAGGGAGAGAAGAUCAAGGAAGUUCGCGACAAAUUCCCUGAGGUAAUCAUCAACUUCCCGGAUCCUGUGCAGAAAAGUGACAUUGUCCAGCUGCGCGGCCCCAAGAACGAGGUGGAGAAAUGUGGGAAGUUCCUGCAGAAAGUCAUCGCUGACUUGAUUGAGAACAGCUACUCAGUCUCCAUCCCCAUCUUCAAGCAGUUCCAUAAGAACAUAAUCGGCAAAGGAGGAGCCAACAUCAAAAAGAUCCGUGAAGAAACAAACACCAAGAUCGACCUCCCAACAGAGAAUAGCAACUCCGAAGUGAUCCUCAUCACAGGGAAGAAAGUGAAUUGUGAAGCCGCCCGGGAUCGGAUCCUGGCCAUUCAGCGCGAGCUGGCGAAUAUCAAAGAGGUGGAUGUUUUGAUCCCUGCCAAACUGCACAACUCUCUGAUUGGUGCUAAGGGGCGUCUGGUCCGGUCACUCAUGGAGGAAUGUGGAGGGGUGCACAUCCAUUUCCCUUCUGAAGGCUCAGGCAGCGACAAAGUCACCAUCAGGGGUCCUGUCGAGGAAGUGGAGAAAGCGAGGAAACAGCUGCUUCAGCUGGCUGAGGAGAAGCAAAUCAACAACUGCACUGUAGAGCUACACGCCAAACCGGAAUACCACAAAUUUCUCAUCGGGAGGGGCGGCGGUAACAUCCGCAGGGUGCGAGACCGCACGGGAGCCCGCAUCAUCUUCCCCGCAGCAGACGAUAGGGACCAAGAGCUCAUCACCAUCGUCGGAAAAGAAGAAGCAAUAAAGCAGGCACAUAAAGAAUUGGAGAUUCUUAUUAAGAACCUGGACAACGUGAUUGAAGACUUGAUGAUCGUGGACCCCAAAUAUCACCGGCACUUCGUGGCACGCAGGGGGCAAGUGCUGCGCGAGAUCGCAGAGGAGUACGGAGGUGUGACAGUCAGCUUCCCGCGCACAGGGGUCCAGAGUGACCGGGUGGUGCUGAAAGGGGCGAAGGACUGUGUGGAGGCAGCUAAACGGAGAAUCCAGGAAAUCAUCGGAGACCUGGAAGCCCAGGUGACCCUGGAGUGCGUGAUCCCUCAGCGGUUUCAUCGAGCGGUCAUGGGACUAAAGGGCUCCAAGGUGCAGCAGAUCACCAGGGACUAUGACGUGCAGAUCAAAUUUCCUGAGCGGGAUGAGAAUCAAGGUCUGGAUCUACACCCUCAGGAAAAUGGCGACUUGAACUCUGACCUCAGGGAGACGGAGCACGUUCCCAGGAAGUGCGAUGUCAUCGUCAUCUCGGGCCGGAAGGAGAAGUGUGAGGGGGCUCACGAGGCGCUGCUGGCCCUUGUUCCGGUUACCGUCGAUGUGGAGGUUCCAUUUGAUCUACAUCGGUACAUCAUCGGGCAAAAAGGUAGUGGCAUUCGCAAAAUGAUGGAGGAGUAUGAGGUGAACAUCGCGGUGCCCCCUCCAGAGCACCAGUCCGACGUUAUCAAAAUCACCGGCUUGGCAGUGAACCUGGAGCGGGCGCGAGCCGGGAUCCUGGAGCGGGUCAGAGAGCUGCAGGCGGAGCAAGAGGACAGGGCUUUGCGGGGCUUCAAGUUGGUCAUGUCGGUCGAUCCCAAGUACCACCCAAAGAUUAUCGGAAGGAAAGGAGCUGUCAUUUCGCAGAUUCGGAAGGACCAUGAUGUUAAUAUUCAGUUUCCUGAUAAGGGGGACGAAAAUCAGGAUAUGAUCUCCAUCACGGGCUACGAGAGGAACACCGAAUCUGCCAAGGAUGCCAUCAUGAAGAUUGUGGCUGAUCUGGAAGAGAUGGUCAGCGAGGACAUCAAUCUGGACCACAGGGUUCAUGCCCGCAUCAUUGGGGGCAGGGGAAAGGCCAUCCGCAAGAUCAUGGAGGAAUUCAAGGUCGACAUCCGGUUCCCACCGCCUGGCUCCGACGACCCAAACCGGGUGACAGUAACCGGGCUCCCCGAGCACGUUGACAAUGCCAUCGAUCAUCUGCUCAACCUAGAGGAAGAAUACAUGAUGGCGAUCGUGGAGUCGGAGACGAUGGCGGCGUACAUGAAGCCCCCGUCCCGGGUGGAGGAAGAACCCCGAGGCUCGACGAGAGGCUUUGUGGUGAGAGACGCUCCGUGGAACGUCCCCGGCAACAAGGCCCCAGAUGUGAGCAGCGCAGAGGAUUUCCCCAUGUUUGGAACUGUGGUCACCCCAAGACAGGCGUCCGCCUGGGGCCCGAAGAAAUUCUAGGGCCUUGAGCAGUCGGUAACUUUUGAGAAAAGCUUCUUGUCCUGUUAGAGGAAAAAAAAAGAUUUUUUUUUGUGAAUCUCAGUGUUCUUUUUCUGAAGCUUUGACUUGUCACAGUUUUCUAUAAAAAAAAAUUGAAAUGUC